UGACGCUUCUUGCCUCUUCUGAAAUUAUACCCUUGAUUUCAGUUAGAGUAUGUAUUAUUUUUAACUGGCUUGUUAUUACUGGGUAAGAGAACUUCCUGUUGCUGUAAGCUUUUCCCAACAUUUAAUUGAAGUGCCAGUAAAACGUGUUUGGUGUGCUGGUGCGAAUUUCUGAGUUAAUUUUACAUUCAAAUAUUUCUGAGUUACAGCUUGUGUUUGCCAGUGCGGCAAAUUUGCCCAUUGCGAAUGUUCUUCUUUUCUUUGCAGGGAUUGCUACUUACAUGGUCGAAAUGUUCAACAAGGCGCUCAAAGGAGCCGACGAGCCGUGAUGAUGAAUGUGGACAUUGCUGAGGUCAACGAUGCUGUUGGAGCUGAAGCUGUGAAUGGUGCUGUGCCUACAUUGGUUGACAAUGCUGAUGUGGAGAGCGAGAAUCCUGAGAACACUGUAGUGUCUGAGCAGGUGGAUGAGUGUGUAAAUAUUGAUGAUGAGAUGCCAACCGCAACUUACCAAUCAGUGGAGAUCGAAAAGGGUGCUGAGGCCAUGAUUGUCUCUGGUGGUUCGGGUGGUGGUUCUUCAUCAUCCAGUGGAUCAGAGUCAGGGAGCCCAGGGGGCAGCACCUCAGAAGCUAGCAAUGCUCGUUCUCUGGUGUAGAGGAGGUUGCUUUAACAGUGGAUUUGAGUAGGUGGAUGAUGUGAUUACUUAUUUCCAGGAUGUUCAUGUCGGCUUGGAUUUAGUUAACUUGGUUCCUAGUGGAUGGCUGGCUUUGUGGGUAAUCUGAUAGCUCAGCUCAACUAUGUCUAUAUAAGUGAAAAGUGGAGGCUAAUGAGGCAUGGUCUAGUUCAUCCGGCCUUCUGAUCUGAAGGUGGCUUUUGUAUUGAUGUGUUUUCUCUAGCACAUCUAUUGUGUACUGGUUUUAUAUAUGCUUAUGGGCGACGCAACUAUGGCAUGGGAGUAAGAAAAUAUUGAAAUCAUGGCUAUCCUCUUUGUCUUGUGAUGUAUAUGGACAUGAGAAUGGCAUAUGUAUGAUAUAAAUUUCAGUAGCCAUGCAAACAUGAGUUGAAUGCGAAUUUCCAUCCUUGUAGUGCUGCUCGACUUUCUAAGAUUAUACCCACCUUUGGUUUCAACAGUUGUCUAACUAUAUUAUUAUCAGAUAUGUCAAGCUUAAACUGGCAUAUUUAUUAUCCUGUAACUUUAUAAUUUCCUGUUGCUAUAGGCAUUUCUUGAUUAUAACUGCGCGAAUGUCAGUACCUGGUGCAGGUGAGCUUCUUUUGGAAAAAAGGUGCAGGCUAGCUGUUGCAAUUUCUGGGAAAUUAGGUUGCUUAUGUUUGUCACUGUUAACACAUUUUUUCCUUGCUAAUGUUGAGCAAUUGCUUAAUGGCCGAAAUGAUUGAUGCAGUUUCAGUGCUGGUGUGAGAUGACGUGAUAAGUUUCUUCUCCACGAAUUGAAACAAUGAGUUGAUGCUUGUUCUUCUCUGAUCUAAUCAUGC